AUGAAGAUGCUCCCAGCUAUUCACUCUCACCUUUCUCACAAGCGUGCGCACGACGCAAAUCUUCCGGACGAAUCGCGAGGGAAGAUCGGCUUCGUGUUCGUCUCCCGUGAAAAGGAUUUCGCUCCGAGACUACAAAUAAAAAGGAUGAAGGAGAUCGCAACGUUGGUGAUCGCAGCUGGUCUGGCCGUAGCCGCGAGCCAGGAGUACAACGGAAGACAUGCCUUGUUCGUGAAAACCUCGUCAGCAGCUGCGCACUCGAGAGUCCAGCGAGCUGCUCCGGUUUCGGCCGCAGACACGAUGGCCAAAAAUAUCCUAGAGUGGAUCCAGGGGAUCUACCGACAGGGCGCACGUAAACCUCGUCAGCAGUCGGAUCCUCCAGGAUAUCUACCUCCGUAUAGUACACAGAGACCACCGGAAAGGCCUCGACCUUUCCAAGCACCGUCCACCGGCCAACAAUCGACCUACGCGACUCCUACUCGCAACGAGGUGACGAAUUACCCUUAUCAGAGACCGUCCAACGUCGGUUCGCCAUCCGGCCAAUCGACCACCGUACAACCACCACCCUACUCUACUCAAAGACCGACUUAUCUUCCGCCGAACAACCAAUCACCUUUCACGCCAUCCUCUUACAAUCUCCGACCUUCCGCGACACCGGCCUAUUCAAACGCCGGUUCCUCCGCUUUCCCACCAUUUAGCUCAACUCCCCGGCCCCCCUCGUCCGCUCAAACCCCUCAACCUGGCUAUCCUACUCCCGGUGGAAUCUCCACCAACUAUGGUUACUCCACGCCGGGUUUUAGUAGCUCUACAGCCGGUACAUUCUCCACACCGGCUGGUUUCUCCACUACGUACGGUUACUCGACUAAACGACCGAGUCCUACCUAUGUUCCAUCCGUGGAGGGACCCGCUCUUAGCGGCUCGUCCGCUGCCGGUUAUCCUUCCACCGGUUAUCCGAGCGGAAAUCAAGCAUCUUCUUACCCGACUGCCGAGGCUGGGGCUAAUUCGUUCGACCACGGUAUCGCGGCUGGAUACCCCCCUUCUUCUACUCCUGACGGUGCGUUCCCAGCUCCGAAUACUGGCAGCGGAUCCAGUUCGUCCGGUGCCGCCAUACCUUCCGAAACAUCCACCGGGGUCGCUAGGCCUACGGGAGAAGAAUCGAGUGGUUCUGGAACGGUAACGGGCCAAGACAGCGCGCAAGACGAUGAUUCGUUACAUCCGCCGCAUAUUCAUGCUCUCGAUGUUCAGUGUAGCAAGACUAUGAUGACGAUCAACAUCGAAUUCAAUCGUGUUUUCGACGGAGUUAUUUAUUCAAAGGGAUUCUUUUCGAAUCCGGAAUGUAGGUACGUCGCACAAAAUUCCGGACAGACGAAAUAUUCGUUCACCGUGAGCUUGGAUUCGUGUGGCACUCAAUUCAUUAACGAUUUCGCGGGUGAAGCUGGCCAAGCUUACUUGGAGAACGUACUGGUUCUGCAGAACGAACCAGGUAUACAGGAAGUUUGGGACACGGUGCGCAGGGUUCGUUGUCUCUGGGAAGGGAACAUCAACAAGGCCUUGACGGUGAACUUCUCCGUGGACAUGUUAAAUCAAGAAAUAGUAACGUUCAGCGGUGACACGGCAACGGCCAAGUUGGACAUUCAAGUAGGAAGAGGACCGUUCGCGCCUGCCGCCGAUGGACUAGUUAAAAUCGGAGAGACCAUGACACUGGUCGUCUCCGUAGAAGGAGAUCCUGGCUUCGAUCUCCAGGUUCGCGACUGUUUCGCCCGUGACGAAUCCCUGACCAACACGAUACAGCUGACAGACGACAGGGGAUGCGUAUUGAAACCAAAACUAUUCGGGGCGUUCCAAAAGACCAAGGACACCGGAAAUACCGGAGCAUCGAUUAUCGCGUACGCGUACUUCCAAGCUUUCAAAUUCCCCGACGUGAUGGACCUGUUCAUCGAAUGCAACGUGGAACUGUGUAAAACCGAUUGCGAGGCGUGUCCAGAAUUGAAUCAGCAAAUUGAACCGCGUAGACGGCGACGAUCGAUAAUGUAUACACCGUCCAACACCACGUCGAAUGCUUCGACCGUGUUACUCUCUGAUCCGAUACGCGUCGCUCGAGGCUUCAAAGUGAUCAUGGUGGACGAUUUGAGCAAAGCCAGCAAUCAAGUCUUGGAGCAUCUAGAGGAAACUGCCAUCGCGGAGACCACCGUCGAAGAAAUCGCGAGGAACACGAUGAACGUUUGCAUGACGCAUAGCGGCUUUUACGUCACCAUCUCCUUCUUUUUCACUACCAUUCUCGCCACUACUAUCAGCGCGGUUACGCUUUACGUCAAAUUACAACGAGUAUAUCGAUCGAAGGCCAAUUAUUCGUAG